GGCUGGAAACACGCAUCGGACGGUGGCGAUGCGACCGGUUGGGAACCGGCGCAGAGCAUCGCCCUAGAAAAAUGAACUGGUGAUGCCCUAACCUCAUCUCACCCUCGUCAGUCGUCUGUUCGCUACCACGCUCAGGCACCUCCGGCCUCAGCCUCGAGUGGCGCCCAUGGCCAUCCCCACGGCCCUCGCCGUCCGCGCCUCUCCCUCCUGCCAAUUCUCGCACAGUUCGUCCUUUGCCUGCUCUCCCUUGUUUAGGCGGAAUGGAAGCACUGCAUCUCGGCUCCUCCGAGGACUGCAAGGUUUAACAUCAGGUGUUUCUGCACGGUUGGAUGAGAGGAUACAUAGUCAAUCUUAUAUGAGGAAAAAUACAAUCGUGGCAUCAGAGAAUGAAAAUCCACCUUUAAUGCCUGCUAUCAUGACUCCUGGUGGCCCUCUGGAUCUGGCAACCGUACUGCUAGGAAACCGUAUAAUCUUCAUUGGUCAAUAUGUUAACUCGCAAGUGGCACAACGUGUGAUAUCACAGCUUGUCACACUUUCUGCUAUAGAUGAAGAGGGUGAUAUUCUGAUCUAUCUUAACUGCCCUGGCGGAAGUCUCUAUUCUAUCUUAGCAAUUUAUGAUUGCAUGUCCUGGAUCACACCGAAAGUUGGGACAGUGUGCUUUGGUGUUGUUGCUAGUCAAGCAGCAAUCAUUCUUGCUGGUGGUGAGAAGGGAAUGCGCUAUGCGAUGCCUAAUGCCAGAGUAAUGAUUCAUCAGCCUCAAGGUGGAUCGGAGGGUAAUACGGAGGAGGUGAGGAGACAGGUUGGGGAAACCAUUUAUGCUCGAGAUAAAGUUGACAAAAUGUUUGCUGCUUUCACGGGGCAACCCAUCGAUAUAGUGCAACAGUGGACAGAGAGGGAUCGUUUCAUGUCGUCGUCCGAGGCCAUGGACUUCGGACUAGUCGACGCAUUGCUGGAAACGGGAUGCUAAGCAAACGGCUGCAAAUUGGAGCUCUAAGUCAGAUACAUUCAUCAUGUUUCGUUGCCCUUUCAGUUGUGACCGACCUAUGUUCAGUCACUAGGGAUGAGAAGAAGGGAUGUCAUUUGCCUCUUAGGAGUCUGGCUUCGGCUGCGGGUGAUUUUGUGUUGGAGAUAUUAUUGAUUUUCUGAUUAAUUUAAUUCAUAAGUAAAUCAUCACGACAAUGUUGACAAUCCUAAUCUCACAUUGUAAGCUAAUGACGCGAUUGCGUGCUAGGCAUAUAUCAUAUGGAACUAUAUGAAACUUA